AUGCGAAAAGUUGCUAAGAAGCUGCCAAAUACCCCGAAAAAGCAACAAGUAGCCAAAAGAAAACAAUCCGGAAAAUGGCAAAACAACUUCUUUUUGAAUAGAGAGGUUCUUUAUAGGAAGAGUCCUAAUCUGGGAUUACUGGGAUAUGUGGAUGUUGCAGAAGCCACAAAAUUGCUUGAAGAAUUGCAUGCUGGAGUACAUGGAGAUCUGAUCAAAGUACCACCCCACGAGCUUAAUGCGACUUGGCCAUUUGCAGCCUGGGGCAUGGAUGUUAUUGAAUCAAUUGAGAAUGCUGCCUCUAAUGGUCAUAGGUUCGUUUUGGUCGCCAUUGAUUACUUCACAAAGUGGGCCGAAGCUGCUUCCUACAAAGUUAUAUGUGAACAAUUCAAAAUUACUUCCCGUAAUUCAACUGCAUAUCGUCCUCAAAUGAAUGGAGUUGUGGAAGCUACCACUAAGAACAUCAAGAGGAUAUUGAGAAAGAUAAUGGACAACUACAAAUGUUGGCAUGAAAAUUUGCCUUAUGCCUUGCUAGGUUAUUGCACUACAAUUCAAACCUCAACUGGAGCAACUCCAUAUAUAUUAGUAUACGGAACAGAGGCAGCGAUUCCAACUGAAGUUGAGAUACCAUCUUUAAGGAUUAUUCAGAAAAAUGGAUUGAGCGAUGCCGAACGGAUUCGUGAUCAAUAUGAACAAUGUACAUUGACUGAUGAGAAAAAAUGA